AACUUUGGCCAGCUGGUGUUGAUUUUCUGUCCACCCUGGCCGUGAUAUAACCUAUUGUUUUGGCCUCCGAAAAAAUUAGAUUUUAUGAAUAAACUACUGAAUGUAGCGCAGGCAGUGCCGCGCCAAUUCGUUCGCGAGUAUGCGUUCAAGUCGGACCUGAAAAUAAAGUGGGUGCGACCCGAAAAGAUCGCCUGCUAUAAGCCGGAGAAGAGUGGCGAUUUGAGCAAGUUGCCCCCGUUGAAGGGGGACGAGCUCUUGCCGGAAUUCAGGGACUGCAAGGAGCUGGAAAAAGCCGACAACACGGUCAAGUCUCUGUUCAUGCUGAGCAACAAUGCGAAUUACUUGACCACCAAACAUUACCGCAAUGAAAUGGUUAAAGAUGUACAGAGACAUGCCCAGGACUAUGGCUCCGUUGAAGCUAAAUUGGCCAACAUGACUGCUUUGAUCCGCCGAUACCAAGAGCGCAUGGAGUCCCAUCCUCGCGACAAGAUGAUUAAAGUUCGGCUAAAGGAACUCAUAGACAAACGCAAGAAGUUCCUUAAAUACCUGAGGCGCUGGGACUAUGCCCGCUUCGAGUGGAUCCUCGAAAAACUCGAUCUUGUGUACAAGCCACCACCUGAACAUUUCCAUUGGAUUACGAGGAAAGAAUCACUGCAGAAAUUGACCGAUUCCUACUGCGAAAACCUAAAGGAAGAGCGGCUAGAGGCCUACCACAAGCAGUUGCAGGCCCAGCAGAUACCGUUUUUGGAGGAGGCCAUCAAGAAGAUGGAGUUCGUGCGUCAAGAACAGAUAUCUUGCGAUGUUCCAGUCACUGUCACGGAAGAGCAGAUAGCUGAUUCCAAAAAGCAACUCGCCCAGCUGAGGGAACUGCGUCAGGCUGAGGAGGCGGCCAAAACUAGGAAACAGGAUGAAGAUUCUUUUAAUUAGGCCCGCAUUUAAUGUUACGGAGUCUUACAAUAAACGUAAUUUUUGUUCUUAAA